UCCGAAUUCCCCCCAGUUUGUGCUGGUAAAGGAGAAAUCUGUAUUAGUGUCGCUACAGCAAAGGCUUGCGAGCCUACAAAAGCUACAAAAGCUACAAAAGCUACAAAAGCUACAAAAGCUACAAAAGCAAUAAUAAACCUGUUCUUGUUUUUUCUGAUUCCUUGUCCAGCAACCAGGGAAUUUCUAUUUAGCAAAUCACCAGCACUUUGGACUCUCAGUUUCUCCGAGAGAAAUCGACUCGCUGCUCCCCAAGCCCUAGAAAGAAAAAGUGUGAUGUGGAGGAUGCUAAAAUCAGCCAACAUACAAACUGUAAUCAUUGUCUUUCUCUUAAUUCUGCUCAUUGGUUCUUGGAAAUCAAGUUUCUCUCCAUUUUCCACCAAGAAAGAAGAUCGGCACUGCCCUGAGCUAGCGAAUAUCCCUUUAGAGAAACCUAAACAUGACCCAGAACUUCUCAUACUUAUAUGGACUUGGCCUUUUGGAGAAACUUUCCCUUUGGAUACUUGCAGUUCUGUUUAUGGAAUCUCGGGGUGCAAACUGACAGCUGAUAGGAACUUAUAUGGCCAGGCAAAUGCUAUCAUCAUCCAUCACUUUGAUAUAAUGCAUGACAAAGGGUUAUUGCCAAAGGAACCAAGACCUCUCCAUCAACGUUGGGUUUGGUUCAACCUUGAACCUCCCUUUAUAAUAAAGAAUGUCAACAUAAUGGGCAACCUUAUGAAUAUGACCAUGACUUACCGCACAGACUCUGAUAUCCCUCUCCCGUAUGGCUGGCUGAAAACAUUGAAGGAGCCACCAAGAGUUGAUAUCCCCAAAAAGUCAAAGUUGGUAGCUUGGGUGGUCAGUAAGUGGUACCCAGGUGCACAACGCAUUCAGUAUUAUGAGGAGCUUAAGAAGCAUAUCCACAUUGACGUGUAUGGAAAAAUGCAUAAGAAACUGAGCUGGGAAGAUUUCUAUAGCACCAUUGGACAAUAUAAGUUUUAUUUGGCCUUUGAAAAUGUUAAUCACAAAGAUUAUAUCACUGAGAAGUUAUGGGAGAACUCAUUUAACACAGGGACUGUACCAGUAGUGCUUGGGGCUCCCAGGGAAAACUAUGAAAAAUUUAUACCCGCUGAUUCCUUUAUUCACGUGGAUGAUUUCUUAAGUGCUCAGGAUCUGGCCGCCUUUCUUCUAGAACUAGACAAAGAUGACUACAGAUACCGACAGUAUUUCAACUGGAGAUCCAGUUACGGAGUGGUUAGGAACAUAGGUUGGGAUAACCAUUACUGCAAAGCUUGCAAAGUUCUACAGCAAUCCCAAGGUUAUCAAGUCAUUCCAGACUUGGCCAAAUGGUUUAUUUAAAGGACCAAAUGAGGCAGAAGAACCUCUGAAUCCCACUGAAACGUCCAUAUCCAUCUUCUAAAAGAUGCCAAACUACAUUCUAGAUGGCCAAAUGAUCUGAUCCAUGGUACCACUGUUGAGAUGAAGCCACCGUUUCUAUAAGAUGGUGCUGACCCAGUUUACAAGAAUGGUAACUUGCUUCCAGGGAUUCUGAUUUGCAUAUCUAAAUGAGAUAGAGCCUUUACCACAAUGAUUUUGCUAGUUGCAAGGAAGGGCACCUUCUACUACAUGUACACUACUUUAAAAGAGUUGUUCCCUUUUGCAUUACCUUUUAAUGUAGAGAGUGAUAUUCUGAGACCAUUUGCAAUUGGUCUUCAUUUUUUAUCAUUUGUGAUUCGGAGUCAUUUCACAGCUCGUCAGUUUGCAAUCUGGUUGCUAGAGUCCAAAUUACCCCAGCAACCAUGCAUCGAUUUGAAUAAGAGACUGGAAUAUAAAUAGGAGAGGGUCUGAACAGAAAGAGGACGUAGAGGAAGUAGCAGUAUCGAUCAUGUGUAGAUGGAGUCAGUGACCCCUAUCUGAAAAGAGUCAAGAGAAGAAGAAGAAGGCAAAUAAUUCAAAAACUAUAAAACAAAAAUAAUGAAGACCAAUUGAAAAAUGACUCGGUCAUUCUAUAACAUACUAAAAUUGAAGCACACCUUUAAGAACGAGAAUUCUUAUUAAGUACAACUACUUUAGUUCGUGUUUUAUUUCUUAGUUAAUCGUUCUUCUCAACAGCAGUUGAGUAACUAUAGCGGAAGCAGAGCCGCUGUUGCAGGGGGGCCCGGGGGAAAAGGGGGGCCUGGACUGUGGGGUCUGCUUAGUCUAUAGCUAAUAAAAAAAAAAAACCUCCUCUCCAGCCGAUCUCUUACCUGCGGCGAGGAAAGGGGGACGCAAGUCGGGCAGGAGUGGGUGGAGUCAGGAUGAGGAUUAAUCGGGCGGAGGUGGAAUGGGAAGUGGGCGGGAGGAUGGGGACCGGAUCGAGCCGGGCCCUUCUGAAGAUUUUUUUCCAGGGGGCCCCGGCCCACUCUAGUUACGCCACUGCUCAACAGCCCAACAAUGUAAAAGGUAAGACUUGGGCAGGCAGUAGCUCGGUAUAGCCAAGUCUUAUGUAGCCUGGAGCAAUCCAGUUUUAUCCAACUUUAUAGAUCUGCCCAUUCAUUAGGGGUCCCUGGACCUCCUGGGCACUCUAUGUACAACUGCAGUGCAAUGUUUAGCCAAACUAGCAGACUGGUAGAGAAGAUGCCAAUGGCCAUAGGUCCCGCAAGAAGAUUAUAACUGUUGCCUGUUUUCACUUGCCCAGCUAACCCUUUCCUUUUGGGAGGCUUUUUUUACUAUUUUUGUAUUAUAAGUGUUUUUGCCUCUGAUGAAGACCACUAUGGUGGUCGAAACGCGUCGGGGUUUCUACUAUCAUGUAAGUGUUUGAUAUAAUAAACUUUGAUUAUUUUUUAAGUCUGA